GUUACUAUGGCAACAAAAGGAAGCGUUAUUGAAAUUACCUCAGAGUAAAUAUAGCAGGUCUACGCCUCUUUUUUUAACUAUGUACAUGUAACAUUUGUAGGAUUUCCUUCACACAGUGUAAGCCGUAGUAGGUCAUGUAAACUAAGUACGUAGCUAGCUAGUUAAAGUGAGUUAGAACGCAAGAAGUUGCUAGAUACUUCAAACGACUGCUAUCCAUCGCUACCGCUAUUAGCUACAUUGAGACUACCGCCACGUCUUGACAAGACUCUUGUCUGCCUACUGAUCCUUUCAAUGGCUGCUGCUAAAAAACGUACUAUAUCGGGCAUCGAAGAUGUGAGAGACAGAAAAGCAAAGGUUAUCAAAGACAGCGGUGAGAAGAGACACAUCGCAGCCCUGAUCCUCGCGAGGGGAGGCAGUAAGGGGAUCCCCCUGAAGAAUAUCAAAGUUCUCGCCGGUGUCCCCCUCAUUGGAUGGGUUCUGAGAGCUGCAGUGGACUCCAAACAGUUUGACAGUGUGUGGGUAUCAACUGACCAUGAUGACAUUGAGAAGGUAGCGAAGGCAUGGGGAGCUCAGGUUCACCGCAGGAGCCCAGAGGUGUCCAAAGACUCCUCCAGCUCUCUCGACACCAUCCAGGAAUUCGUCCGAUUAAACCCAGAGGUGGAUGUGAUCUGUCACAUCCAGGCCACGUCUCCCUGCCUGCACCCCUUCCACCUGAAGGAGGCCCUGGAGAUGAUCACCAAGCAGGGCUUCACGUCCGUCUUCUCUGUGGUCCGACAACACCACUUCCGCUGGCAGGAGGUGAAGAAAGGAGGUAGUGUAGCCACCCAGCCUCUGAACUUAGACCCGUCUAACAGGCCCCGGAGACAGGACUGGGAUGGAGAGCUGUGUGAGAACGGAUCUUUCUACAUUUAUACCAGAGCGACGACAGAGAGAGGCCUGCAGGGGGGGAAGUGGGCUUACUAUGAGAUGCUGCCAGAGUACAGUGUGGAUAUUGAUGUGGAUAUCGACUGGCCCGUGGCAGAACAGAGAGUACUGAGGUUUGGUUACUUUGGUCUGGACAAGCCUGAGGUGGUGCGUCUGCUGCUGUGUAAAGUCUCAGGCUGUCUGACUGACGGCCGCGUCCUCAUCUCUGUCUCUGGAGAGGAGAUGGUCUCAGUCAACACCAGAGAUACUAUGGGUAUCCGCAUGCUGCAGAGAGAGGGAGUGGAGGUGAUCUUGAUCUCAUCCAGUGAGGACCCUGUGACCAAGGCCCUGGCUGACAAGCUGUCCCAGAGGACAGGCUGCGAGGUCAGGCAGCUGGGCAAGGACAUCCAGUGUGAGUUCAAAGCCAUGAUGGACGACAAGGAUCUGGACUGGAAGGAGGUCGCCUAUAUGGGUAAUGAUGCACCAGAUGUUGACUGUCUGAACCUGGCUGGGCUGAGUGCAGUACCCCGGGACGCCCCAGUGGUGGCGAUCAACGCUGCUAAAUACUCCUGCCACAGUGCUGCAGGCCUGGGGGCUGUGAGGGAGUUUUCUGAACACAUCCUGCUGCUCAAGAAGAAGGCCAAGUCUCAGAUGGAACAGGACCGCAUCCACAGAAAUACAUUCUAAAUGCUAGAAUGUGUUCUAAAGUCACAGAGAUCCAUUCUAAACUCUAGAAUGUGUUCUAAAGUCACAGAGAU